AUGAAGCGCGCUAAGUGGGGAAAUGAAACGGUUGUGCCGCUGUCACAGAAACUUACUGCAGGGAAGUCGUGGAUGCUCUAUUUGGAGGUGCUACAACUACUUACUUACAACUCUGCCAUAAUUACUGGAGCAGCAUCAUAGAUUUAUAGUAUACUUGCUUCUGGGAACAAGAUAAGCAUAACACUUCGAGGGAGUCUCUUUUGAAGACACCAAGAGACACGACUCACAGGUCUUUUACGAGAUCAAUGUGUUUGGGCAGGCGAAUAUGGUCAUGUAUUGCCUCUGCCCAAUGUGGCAGACGGUUUGGAAUUUGUCUCUGCGAGGGCCUCAGUCUUUCCACUAUGUUUUGGCAACAAAACCGGAUGUAAAACCACUGCAUGUAAAACCUUCACUGGUGGUACCCACGACGACAGGAGGACAGGACGACCAGGAGGACAGGAGGACGAAAGCGAUGUCUCCAACUUUAAGGCCGCGAAUAAGUAAGUAUAAAACACCUUUAUUACAACUGAGCUUGUUGAGCUUGUUGAGAGGACACUAAUGCUCGAGACUAGUAAUGCCUAGUAUGCGUAGAUUGUGAUCAUAGGUAAACAGGUCAGUCAGAGACUAAUGCUCGAGACUAGUAAUGCCUAUGCUCGAGACUAUUGUGAUAGGUAAACAGGUACUAGCUUACUAGUUUAGGCGUUGCUGGCCCGAUUCCUUUCACAUAUUUAUCACUGUCGUGUCAGAGUAUUUUGUUUUUUUCAUAGAAUUUGUUUGAAUUAGUAACUGUGGAGUAGUUUGUACUUGUAGGGUCACGAUAGCAUCGUAGUUAUUCAUAGGUCAUCAGUGAAUAUAGUGACAAUAGAUACUAGUCUACUAGCACUACAGAGAAUCGCGUAUCGUGCUUUUGAGUUUACAGUGAGUUUUUUUGAGUUUUUUUGUAACAGAGUCGUUACAGUGCUUUUGAGUUUGAUGUUCUUCCACCAUCUUCUAAGAAAUACCGAGAAAAUCGCCGCACUCGCAGAGGGCACCAAGAGGCAAAAAAAAAGCUCUGCUUCUUCGAGUUCGACGUCAGCUGGUGGUGCCACAUCCUCUUCAGAAGCAUCAAGUUUGGAAGACGAAGAGGUACUACACUUUUAGUUUUCAAUCAUUUAUACAUUUGUGUUUAGUCAGUACAGAGCAGAGCCUUCAGGUGCUCUGGAGUAUUCCUUGCACUUUUUAGAGAACGAAUUGAAGUCUUAUUAUUUCGUGUGAGUAACACUAACAGCUAACACUUCUUGUUCGUUCGUAUGCCUUAUUCACCUGUUUCUACAAAAAUUCAGACUCGAAAUGGUUUUGCCCGGCGACCGUUUGCUAGCGAUUACGGUACCUUGAAAAAGUGAGGUUGGCCAUGUUGAUCAUGGACUAAUUAGGUAGCAUCAUAUCAUGUAAAAAGAAGUGUUGAGAGCUACGCUAGCUUUAACAACAUAAGAAGUAGCAUAAAUUUCCAAAUAAGCUCUAUAGGUAGCCCCAUCCACGGUAUACAAACUCAAACAUCAUAGGCAUAAGCAGCCCCCAUAGUUCCUAUCCACACAAACAUAGACACUCAUAGGAUAGCUAGGCAUCAGUUAGACUUAAACAACACCCAAAAGUAGAUGCAAGUAUAGCAUAAAUUUAUUCGUAUUCAGAGGAGUCUUCGUCGUGUGUCCAAUCGAAUCAAGUAAGAGUAACAUCAUCAUCAUAGUCAAACUCAUACCAGAAAUUUAUAAAUUACAAUGGUAUUCGCAUUCGGAUAAAUGAAGGACAUAAGUAUGUAUUUCGAGAGAUCGUGUCGAUACGACAUCAACACGAUCGACACACGAUCGACCACUUUGUAAAGCCAUAUUACUAAAGCUGCAUAAGAUGGCCACUGUAGUGUAAAGCCACCCUUCCAUGAAGAUGCAGAUGGAAAACAUCAUGUAUGACUGUGAAAUUUGGUUCCAAGCCCAAAAUAAAUGGGCAUGAAUAGGUCAGGAGUCGACAACCUUGAUGGUCGUUCACGGAGGCCAUGACCGGCGUGCAUCUCCACACGACUCUCAUAGAUACGGAGCGAUAGAAGUCG